GAUAAGGUUAAGAAAGCGGGAGGAAAAGCUUCAAAAACUUCAGAUGAUAAAAGAUCUCUACAGAAGAAAAAUCAGAGAGAAAAAUUUAUUCAAAAAGUAUCUUUAGACCUGAUACAGAGUGAUAUUGACCUAGCCAAGCAACAACUAGUUACACUAUCUUCAACUUCAAGUCCAUGCAAGCAGGCAGAUUCCUCGAGCUUUGCGCAUUUAUACGAAAAACUUCGCGAUGCUAAGGACUUUGCUGAUCAUGCGGUCCAAAAAGCUAUUAUAUGUUACUGUCAAUUUGGGAAAGCUCUUAUUCAGAAACAAGGUGAGAUAGCAUCUGAGAGACAAGUUGAUCCGGAAUCCAAUGCUGUCAGUAGAGUUUUAAAUAUGGAAGUUAGGGCUCAGCUUCCUGCAGAUACUUCUGAUGCACUUUUAUGGAAAAGAAUCGAGCAGGCCAAGAAACUCUAG